AGUAAACAGAAGCCCAGUGAUAUUUAAACAUGCCUGAAAUUGGACAAGAGAUUAGACGAACGCGUCGCUUUUUAAAGGAGCGUCUGCAGCGAGAUUAUACUACACUGCGCGGCUAUGAAGCUGAGCGCGCCAAUGUGCGUCAGCUGCUGCAGCGCACAGCAGAGAUGGGCGAAUCAAACUCGCUGCUGCUAAUAGGACCGCGCGGCGCGGGAAAAACAACACUCAUUAAUGCUGUACUAACGGAUCUACUGCUAAACGAGGCGUUUGUUAACAAUACACUGAUCGUGCAUCUCGAUGGCAAUUUGCAUACAGAUGAUCGCAUUGCGCUCAAAUCCAUAACAGUGCAAAUGCGUUUGGAGAAUGCUACGGAUGGCAAAGUGUUUGGCUCCUUUGCUGAGAAUUUAGCAUUUUUGCUGCAGUGCCUCAAGGCAGGCGACAAGCAGUCCAAGAGCGUUGUAUUUAUACUCGAAGAAUUCGAUUUAUUCUGCACACAUCACAAUCAAACGCUGCUGUACAAUCUAUUUGAUGUAUCGCAGUCUGCACAGGCGCCCAUUUGUGUGCUGGGCGUAACUUGUCGUUUGGAUGUUAUAGAGCUGCUGGAAAAGCGCGUUAAAUCACGCUUCUCACACAGGCAAGUGUUUCUGUUCCCCAGUGCCAACAAAUUCGAUGCGUACACACAGCUCUUUCAGCAAUUGAUGUGCAUACCUAGCAAAAAAGAGCUAGACGCACAAGUUGAUCGUGUGGAUAGCCUGGAGCAGUUCAAAUCAGAUGCAUUUUGCUUCAAGCAUCAGCACUUUGAUGGCCUGGAAUAUGAUUUUGAUAAAAAGUAUACUGACAGCUGGAACAAGCACAUAGCAAAGCUACUCAAGCUGCCCGCAACGCAGAAGACGCUACAAAUGCUUUACGAUUUUGAUGUAAGCGAGGCUUUUCUCAAGACUUUUCUAUAUCGUUUGGUGGCACAACUAAAGCCAGCAGCGCCGCUAAUAACUGUGGAACAGCUCAGCGCGCUAGCUAACCAAUACGAAAGUGACGACAAAGUAGAGCUGCUCUGUGGUCUAUCCGUGAUAGAGCUAUGCCUUAUCAUAGCCAUCAAGCAUCAUUCACAGAUAUACGAUAGAGAUCCAUUCAACUUUGAGAUUGUCUUUGCGCGCUUCUCCAAGUUUGCCAAAGUGUCUACAACUAUGCAAGGCGUGGAGCGCGCUAUAGUGCUCAAGGCUUUUGAACAUUUGCGCAUUGUGGAGCUGAUAAUGCCGCUAAGCAGCAGCGGCAUGGGUAAACUACAAAAGGAGUUUGAAAUGCAUAAGCUGGCGCUCACAUAUGGACAGAUACAACAAGCUGUGCAACGUUAUCAGGCGCUGCCCACUGAGGUGGCACAAUGGGCGCAGAGUUCAUUGAUUUAAUUAGUUAGUAAGUCAAACAAUUCCUUAAUUUUUAAGUUUAUUUA